AUGCUUUUGGUAACUUUAUUAUUAUCUACUAUAUAUUUAGUGACAGUUUAUUCGGAAACAUGGGCUGGAACUUAUACAGUUACUACAACAUGCAAUGUCGUAAUAUGUUGCUGUGCUAGCGAUAUAAUUGUCAUAACUCAGGAAGCGCCGACAGUAUUAAUUUUAAAUGUAAGUUUAACCGGCCUCUGUUUCGGGCAAACCUCUUACAACAGUGCGGUACCUAAUCCAACUGGCUAUUCAAUCGACAUCACAUUGGGUCCUUUUACCAUAGAAGUCACAUUAAGCGCUGACAGUAACAAUCUGACUAUCAUCAAUUCUAUGCAGCCGUCAUGUACGAUACAAGCUACACGAACAGCAACCACUAGUAGUACUUCUACAACUACCCUAGUUAGUAUCACUACUAAUCGAGAUGCAACUACUCGUACAACAACUAACGAAAUUCUCACUACUACAUAUCCAAGUACGAUUGUUGAAAGCAGCAUCCUCAAUAGUACUUUCAUGGCAGAAGUCAACACUGUUUCAACUUCUAUAUCUACAGGUGCAAAUGUUAGUAUGGACAUUCUCAGUAUGAGUACAGCUCCAGCAACCAGUACUGUUAGAACAUCCACUGGUAUUACAACUGUCACUUAUGGACCUAUGGUGACUGGAAGCUACAGUAUGAACAGCAACUCUGCUCGACCAUAUGCUAGCACUAAAAUGUUACCUACUAUACUAUCUUGUUUCAUGUAUUCUAAUAAGUAUUUCAUUAUCAUGAAUUAA